AUGCCGUCUGAAGUGACUGGAGCUGAGCUUGCUGCCACGGAAGAAGAAGAGGGGGAAACGGAAGAGGAAACACGGGAUGAGGUAGACACAGGCGAGGAGGCAGCCACGGAAGAGGAGGCAGCCGCAGAUGAGGAAGCAGGUGCCACCGAGGAUACGGCCGCAGACGAAGAAGCGACAGCAGACGAAGAGGCAAGUGUCAUCGAGGAAGCGGCCGCAGAGGAAGAGGCAGGUGCCGCCGAAGAAGCACUAGUUGCCGACAUAGUUGUGACGCGGACCAGUCUUCCACCGAUGAUGUUGCUGUUCGAACCGGCACUGUUGGCUGCACUCUUCAGGUAG